AUGGCGCACUGGCGAGGGUCAGGCGGGCCGGUGUCCGUCCGUCACACCUGCGAGGCCGGAGACCCAGGCCGGGAGGGUGAUGAGGAGGCCCCCGAGCCGCUGAGGCGAUCGGGGCCUCAACGCUCGAGGAGUGUUCUCGCACGCACGUGGCUCCGGCGGUCGGAUACGGAUGCCCGGGUGUGCGCCGGGCCCGGGAAGCAGGGGAGGGAGCUGCCGGGAGCCCGGGGGUCUGAGAGCAGGGGCGGUGGCGGAGGGGGUGGUGGGCGGCCGGCUGCCAGGCCGCCAGGCGGGGGCCCCGGAAACCUGCCCCCGCCGAACUGCAGCUGCACGGCCGGCGGGCACUUCCUCUCGCGUUGCGUCACCGGCAUCUCGAACAGGCUCGGGGGGCCCCGGCCUCCCGAGAAGCUCCGGGACCCGACGCACGCGGCCCUCAGAGGUCGCCGCUGCUCUUACGGGAGCCCAGGGGUGGGCUCACCGGGCGCUCCGGCCGCCUUGGUACUGUUGUCCUCCGGCACCCGCCCGCACCGCCCCCCCUCUGCGCUGCCUGCCGUCCCCUUCGAGCCGCCACACAUGCUAGCAAAGCGCAGAAGGGCCUCCCGGCGUCUCCCGUUCCCACCAGCGCGUGGGGUGCGUGCGCGCCUGUCCGCCGCCUCAUCGAACCCUCCGGUGGCCCCCCCUCCGGGCCCUCGGCGCCCGGCCUGCUGCGGCGACGCUCCGGUGUGCGGAGUGCUCCCUGCCACCACUGUGAGCGCACACGUGGGUCCCAGCCCCGGUGCCUCCGACCACAGCCCACGGCCGCACCGCUUCUGGGCCUCUGUGGGGAUUCAGCCGGCGCCUCCCAGCCCCGGCGGAGGCCUGCAGACCCCGAGCGGAGGGCCCCCCGCAUCCGGCGUGGUGCUGAGGUUCUCCCAGCAGCCGGGGACCAGCAGGCCAGGGAAGGGCCACGAGCGGAAGCUCAGCCAGCGUCACGGCCUCAAACCGCCCGCAUCGGCCCGGCAGGGCCUGCAGCCGGUGACGGUGGCCCCGGAGGACACCUCCCCACCCCGCAGAGGCGGACCUGAGCGCAGAGCGGAUGGAGAACGAGCCCCAGGAGGGCCGGGACAGGAGUCUGGCGAGCCCCCUGAGUACCCCCACUUCCUGGGACACCGUUCCCCAGAGAGGAAGCGGGCCUUCAAACCAAUGCUUGUACGCGAGCGUGCCCGCGGCACCGGCCGGACGCCAGCGGUGGACGCAACCCGGAUGCCCGCCAACGGAUGA